CAACGUAAGCAUGCUGAAUGGGCUUGCGAAUAAUAGUUUAAUGUGCUUUAAGGCCCAAUUUAAAAAAUAACAGCAGUUUCCCAAAGAGAAGUACUCUCCUCCAUUUCGUUGAUACGAAUUUCCAAUGUGAAAUGAUUUGCUAAACAUGUAUGAUGUAUCAAAAGAGAAUACAUAACUGAGAGAUAGUGGUUUAAUGGGAUCUCUUACCGAUAUAAUAAUUUCAUUUUUCAGUUCCGUACAAAUAUAAAAUGGGUGAACGUGCGUGUAUCCAAUUCAGAAGUUACAUUGACCGAUUUGAAAUAUCACAAACAAGACGAUGAAAUGAACCAUUUUCAGUUCCGUAGAAAUAUACGAUGGGAAAUGUGGGCCCAUAAUGUGUAUCUUAAGAGUUCCAUUGGCCGAUUUAAUUUACUACAAGCAAGACGAUGAACCAUUUUCAGUUCCGUAGAAAUAUACGACGGGGUUGAAGAGCGUACCCCAUAACAUGUACCAGUUAAGAAGUUCCAUUUAAAUAUCAGAACCAUUACAUCAAGUCUGAAUCAUGAAGGGCUAGAGCAAAUAUUUUAGUAAAUAAUAGGUGAAUAAUAAUAUAAUGAAAAGAAAUUACAAGGCUCUUCGCAUAAUAUUGUAGACAAAUAAAGACAUGUCAGUCACAGAGACGUUAUAUCAAUUUAUAAUUUACUUAAGGAUGAAGAAAUGAAUGUGGAUAUAACUAUUCGAACUUUGAAACCAAAUACUUGUAUAGUAAUUGUGUACUAAAAUUAAGAAUAUAGUUUAGAGAAAACUAAGAACGAUUAAUAAUAAGAUGGUAAACUGAAAUGUGAAGAUAAAGAUUAAUUCUCAUAGAACAUUUUCAUUGACUCAGAGUUUAUAAGAUAUAGAUUUGUGAAUGUGGUUGGCUCAGGAACUUAUUGUAUAUAUACUUGUUUACAGGGUUAUUUAUUAAGAGCUUCUGUGAGUGGACCAUGAUAACAAAUACAUCAACUGUAAAAAGCAAAUAAAAAUUAAAGAUAAAAGAUAUGGAAUUGGUUUGGAAAGAUUCCAAACAGAAAAGAAAAAAAUCAUAAAAACGGAAAAAGGAAAAAAAAAUAAACUUGGUAGCCAAGCUUAUAUUUCUUUUUUGUAACAUUUUUUUUAGCCAAGCCUAUAUAUUUUUUUUUUGAACUAUUAGCUAAGCCUAUAUUGCUAUCUUAAAACGAAGGAGGCGACUUCAUCUUAGUUUAGGGUUUCGUGGUGGUAUCUUUCAAUAAUGCCUCGGCUUCUCUUCAAGCUCUCUCCCCUCAUCUACAAGAGCAGGAGCGUCCGUACGUUUUCAUCGUCCACGACCGGGCCGUGUACUCCGAUGUGCAUGAUUAUGUCUCCCUCUCCUAACGGAAACGUGGGAGAAGCCCUGCUGUUCGACGUGGACAGUUGUGAGUUAGUUAGAUCUCCAGAGAAAGCAUUUCCCAAAGAGCUUUAUAACGCUACAUUGGUCGGAACCUCCCGUGGGUGGGGCAUGUUCUCCAAUAGGCUAGACCGCUCAGCAGUUAUCAGCGACUUUCUGAACCCAUAUGCUUCCAAGUCAGAACCAAAGGUGGUUCCUCUGCCUCCAUUCACUACAAUGCACACUUACCAAACCGAAGUGGUGUGCAACAUGGCCAUGUCCUCUUCUCCUGAGCCAUACGACAAAGACUGGGUCGUUGGCAUCAAGUUCUUGGGUAAACAGCUAAGUUUCUGCAGACCCCAUCUUGAUCUGCGAUGGACUAACAUCCCAACACCUUUUGAGUCAUGGGAUACCUCAAAACUAAUGUAUUCCAAGAAAGACCAACGGUUCAACUUGCUUGCUCCUGGAGGCAACUACUUAUGCUCUUGGGAUCACGACAAGAAGCCUAAGUUCCAUGAGUUGGUGUUGCACAACCUUCCAAGCAUGCCACGCGAACAACAGCAACGGUUGGAUUCUAACUGCAGGGAGGAUCACUGGGUGGAGUCACCUUCCGGCGAAUCUUUCCUUGUCAAAUGGUUCUCAGAAUACACUCCUGAAGGGUGCAAAGUACCGAUGGUAAUGGUGUUUAGAGAGGAGGAUACAAAAGAUGGGAGGAAAAACAUGCACUACACUGACGACAUUGGAGAUAUGUGCAUUUUCAUCUCGAAAAGUGAGGACUUCUGCGUUAAGGCGAGCUCUUGCCGUGGCCUCAAUCCUAACUCCAUCUUUUUAAAUGGACGUUUGUUUGUGUCGCUCAAUAUGAGUAAGUUUAGCUGCCGUCUCUAUGAAUAUCCAGAAGAUACACCAUAUACCAUUCCUUACUCUCCCUACUGGCUUCCUCCGUUUUCUAGCUAUUAGGUGUGGUUGGUUGGUUGUGUCAUGUUGGCCGGUUUGGAUUAGAUCAUCGAAUAUAUCAUGUUUACAAGAAUAUUACGUUGAUCAAAACCCAUAAUUACUUUGGUUGCAUUUGUUUACCAUCGAGUGAUAUUCAAUUAAUGGAGAACGUCUUUAAUUACACA